AUGUCAUCGGACCACCACCACCACCACCACCCAACCCUUCACCGGCGACCCACUUCCAACCGGAACAACCACUCACCAUCAUCACCACCACCUCCACCACCACCGCCACCAUCAUCCAAACCCAAUGUCACCACCACCCUUUACCACACCCAUAUCGGAAUAUUCGCCUUAACAUGGUCUAAAACUUUAUUCGGCCGAUCUCUUCACCUCCAUCUCCUUCCAUCCGCCGCCGCAGACGACGACGACGAUUCCCUUUCCACCACCUCUUCCACCACCACCACCGUCCCUUCUUUCCAUCUCCAAAUAAAACCCUUGAUUUUUUGGAACAAACAAGGAUCCAAAAAAAUACAAAUCUCAAACAAUAACAAAAAAGACUUAAUACAAAUACACUACGAUCUGUCUCGGGCCAAAUUUGGAUCCGGCCCAGAACCCAUAUCCGGGUUUUACAUAGCUGCAACUAUGUCAACCCAAAUGAUACUCCUUAUUGGUGACUCAAUGAAACAAGCUUAUUCAAAAACCAAGUUAUCUCCAAACAUUAAUUCCCAAAUUACUAUUUUAAGAAGAGAACAUGUUACAGGAAUAUCCAACAAAAAAUACUCAACUAAAGCAACUUUCCGAGGUAAAACUCGAGAAAUUACUAUAGAUUGUACACGUGUUUCAGGGGAUGAUUCCAGAUUAUAUUUUACAGUAGAUGGUAAAAAAAUAUUGGUUGUAAAACAUUUACAAUGGAAAUUCAGAGGCAAUGAGAGGGUGGAAACAGAUGGUGUGAAUAUUCAGAUAUCAUGGGACGUACAUAAUUGGCUGUCUAAUGAAGAUUCAGAUGACGGGUAUGCAUUGUUUAUGUUUCGGUUUGAGAAGUCCGGGUUUGAUUAUCAUGAAGAUGAUAAGUAUCUGGCGAGGUUGAAUGCUUCCGGGUCUGGACUCGGGUCGGGUUUUGGGUUCGGGUUUGAGAUGAAGAAAAUGAAGAAAGGCAUGUUGAAACGGGCUAAAAGCUCGUCCACGUCUUCCUCGUUGUCUUCGGCGUCGUCGGGUUGUGGAUCGGUUAUGGAAUGGGAAAGUGUUGAGGAGAAUGAGCUUAAAGGUCCUAAUGGUUUUUCAUUACUUGUUUAUGCUUGGAAGAGUUGA